GACAAAUAAAGCGGAAGCGAUUAUUUUUCGGAUGUCCUCUAGUCCUUAGGUGAUAGAGAAAGAAAAUCUACGUAAAUAUCGAAUGUUAUUUACGUCAAGAUGGCUACGACAAAUACUGAAACUGCACAAAAUGGCCAAAAUAGACGAGCACAGGUGAUGAUCGGGGAACUCCCUGGAGACUUCCUGCGUGUCUCCUACAACCAACAGCAGCAGAUGAUGGCGGAUGAACGCAUCGCUCAGAUCCUGCAGGCCCAACAGCAAGCGGGCUUCAUGCACCCUGUCCCCGCCAAUAUCCAGGGCCGCCUCAGCCUCUCUGUUGUUCAGGCAAAACUUGCAAAGAACUAUGGGUUAACAAAGAUGGACCCCUACGUGAGGAUCAGGAUUGGGCACUCUGUGAUAGAAACUCCGACUGCGUACAACGGAGCAAAAAACCCUCGAUGGAACAAAGACAUCAACUUGUAUCUACCCCAUGGUGUUGAAUCUAUGUACCUGGAGAUAUUUGAUGAGAGGCAGUUUACGAUGGAUGACCGGAUCGCCUGGGCCUACAUUACAAUUCCUCAGUCGGUCCUUAACGGGGACACAAUGAAUGAGUGGUUCCCCCUGAGUGGUCGUCAAGGCGACGAGAAGGAAGGGAUGAUUAAUCUGGUCAUGUCCCUCAGUGAGGUACAGCAGCCCGUGACCCCGCCCACCGUCCUGUACCAGCAACCAAUGGUCUACUACCCCCAGCCAAUCGGAGGGUUCCCAAUAGCAGUUCAACCAGUGCCUGCAGGAAUGCCAGCCUACCCCCCACAGACGGUGGGCUCACCCCAGACACAGCGCCCCCUAUUCACUGAGGACGACCUUAAACAGGUCAAAGACAUGUUCCCCAACAUGGAGGACGAGGUCGUGAGGUCAGUCCUUGAGGCCAACCGUGGCAACAAGGAUGCCACCAUUAACUCUCUGCUCCAAAUGAACAGCGACUGAGGCUCGGGGAGGGAGCAUCCGUGAGCGAAUGAGGCCGGGAGAGGGGGGAUUGAAUGGAAACAAAACCAAGGGCCGGGGUCGUAUAUUAAAAAAGACUGCUUGAAGAAUGAUUAAUUCCUAUGAAAAGCAUAAUGCAUAUGUAAUUUGUUAUGUAUUUCUCUCUGAUUUAGUGAGCAACUUGCAUUAAUUCUUUUGUUGAUAUUUUUUGCAUUACAUGUAUAUCAUUAGAUUGUUGUACAGUUUUAAUCAGACCAUAAUUUCUCAUCUGGCUUUGGAGCCAUGCAAUGUAUUCUGUGUUUCACAAUAUACCAGUGACAAUUAUACAAGUAAUUAACUACAGAUUAACGUUAUUGUAUUACAGUGCCCUCUACUGGACUGUAGGGACAUCAUUGUUAUUGCUGUUGUGUUUGAUUUAAAUGAGGUAGUUUGGUGUAAAUGAGAUACAUGUAUGUAGUUGUGAGGGUGAGAGAGAUUUCUGACUGUGAUAUGGAUGGAAAACAAGUGUGUGUUUGUAUUUAAUGUGUAAUAUUUAAUCAUUACUUCUAGAAUUAAAAUCAGAAUAAGAA